AUACAAUAAACUAAAGUUCUCAUUUAAAUACAAUGUCCGAUUGUAAGCGCAGUUAUCGUUAUCGCGCCUUCGAUUAUUUUGUACGCGCCAUUGCCUUCGCCAGCCUGUUCAUCGUUAUGAGUGCCAUCUAUAGGCAGGACGAUGAUCCUGGCUCCAACUAUAUACAUCCCAGACACGGCAUGCAGUAAAGCCAAUAACCUAACUAGACUUAAGUGAUUUCUUUAAGUAUUAUCUACCUAAUUAACAAUACACUUUACUUUAGUAAACUGUUCAAUAUUUAAUAAAAAAACAAAGCUAAAUAUGU